AACUAAGAUGGCGUCCGACAGUGGGCAUGCGUUGUGAUUUACCAGAGCAAGUGUGUACACGCAGUUGCUUUUGAGACAAACAGGAUAUAAUGAAUUUUAGGAACAAUUUCUAAGAUGGAUCGUAAGAAGAAAAGUAAAUCUAAGAUAGUUCCAUCGGAGGAGUCUGACAGCCUGCAAGGCGUCAGUAACCCAGGGUUUGAAAUGUCCAGCAAGGGCGGCGCCAAUAACAUCAGUACCUCAGCCAAAUUCCGAGAACUUUCUCGAGAGGUGACAGAGAAAUCCAAUGCCCUCCACGUGAUCAGCAAUGUCAAGCAAGCUGCCUCAAAGUGGAACAACUAUGUCGCCAGGAAGAGAAUCCGGAAGCCAAACAAGGAAAAUGAGAGAGUCGUUCUUGCACAUGGGGAUGAAGAUGACAAUGAAAAGCCAAAGACUGGCGGCAUCGGCCUGGAUGACAUCCACAACGAAUAUGCCACGCCUGGGUCGGAGACAAUACGCAGUGUGGGCAAAGGUCACAAGGAGCAGAUGAUGUCAAUAGCCAGCAACAGAGCUUUGAUUCAGUAUUUCGCCAAACUGGGUCAGUCUGCUGAGGAUGAGAUGCUGAACUUGGACUUUGUGGAUCAUCUCCUGAGGAGUGGUGCAGACAUCAACUGUUGUGACAAGUAUGGGCAGACCAUAUUACAUGAGGUUGCUCGUCACUGGCACUGUGAUGUAGCCAGGUUCCUCUUGGAGCAUGGCGCCAACAUCAACCAGCAAGACAAGUAUGGCCGCUCUCCCCUCCAUGUGGCAGCCGCAGUGGACUACCCUAUGAUGGUCAUUCUUCUCAUAGACAGGGGAGCCGACAAGGAGGCACGCACGUUAAAGGAGGAACAAACACCAGUUCACUAUGCUGCAAAGAAUGAUGCUAUCAACUCCUUGAAGGCGCUUGUGAAAAGUGGCUGCCUUUACAAAUGGGUGAAGGACUACAAGGGGAGAACACCUAUACAUGUCGCAGCCGAGCUAGAUCGCAGUGAGUCAGCUCGUCUGCUGCUGGAACUGAAUGCUCCAGUCGGCGUCAGUGACAACAAAGGGCAGAAGGCCAUCACAUGGAUGAUUACCAAGAUGGCACCCGUGGCAAGUGAGGCACUCAAACAGUUCCGCUCGACUGACCGACCGAACAGGAAGCAGUAUUAUUACCUCAACCUACUUGUCCAGGACAGAAGAAAUGAACUGGAUCCUGGUGGCCACACACAGACACCUUUGCAAGUGGCAACCAGUUAUCGCCAACACGAUCUUCUUAUGUCGACAGUCUUCAGAAAACUUAUUGAGACUAUGUGGAUGAAAUUUGGCAGACGGGGUGCAUGGAUCAAUUUACUAAUCAACUUCGUAUACAUAUGCCUAUGGUCAGCCAUUGGCAUUCUUGUUGAGUAUGAUGAGAGGCACAAGUAUAUUUGGCCUACCCAGUGGUGGAGAAUUGUUCUUCUGCUCACAGCCAUAGGUUUUACAGUGUGGCAGGUGUGUGAAGAAGUCAGAGAAUUCUUCAGAUCUAAAAGAUCACACUCGAACUGGGUAAAAUGGCGCACCAAGGAGAUCGAGGAGGAUAUGGAGUUUUGCCACCCAAGAUGGCCAGAGGAAAAACAGUUCCUCAAGUCAGAACUAAAAGCCCUUGACAAGCUCAAUCCCAAAUACUUCAACGAUGCAUGGAACAUAUUUGACUGGACAUGUUAUUUCUUCCUGCUUUUGUCCAUCACCACCCACUUUGCCGACAUAGGCCUUCACAGCAACCUGCUGGCUCGCUGGCACAUCCGCAUCAUGUGCGUCACCAUCAUCCUCCUUUGGCUCCGACUCAUGAAGAAUGCCAGGGCCUUCUCCACACUGGGUCCAUUUGUUGUGAUGUUGGGGAAGAUGAUCGGCGACUUGCUGAAAUUCUGCUUCCUCUACCUAGAGUUCUACAUUCCCUAUGCAUGUGCCUUCUGGAUGAUCUUUGGUGGAGACAAGCAGAAGGAAUCGGAUGGGACUCUGAUUGAGGUGGACGGCUUCGGCUACCCCACCGCCAUGAUGUUCAGCCUGUUUCGACUCACACUGGUGGAUGAGUAUGACUAUGCUAAUAUGAAGCUUGUUGACUCCUUGAUGGCGGACCUGUUGGUGGGGACAUGGUUGGCGCUGUCUGCUGUCCUGUGUCUUAAUCUCCUCAUUGCCUUGCUCUCAGACACAUUCCAAAGAGUCUAUGACAAUGCACAGGCUAAUGCCGUGAUGCAGAGAGCCAUCACCAUCCUCAACAUCUGGGAGGGGAUGUCCAAGAAGCGCCGCCUGAAGUUCCUCAACUUCAUAGAGGAGCAGUGUUCGCCUCAGUCCGACUACUAUGAUGACGACCUCACCCAGGCAGGAGAGGAGGACCUCAAGAAAGUCACUAUUCAGAUCAAGGAACAACUUGAUGACAUGCAAGAGCAAUGGAAAGCAAAAUUCGGAGGGUUUGACGGUGGAAUAUUUGAGGAGAGUGGUAUGACCUCCACCACCACCAGAACCAGUGGCAGUAUUGUCACCAAUGACAGAUUUGACCAUGAGAUCCACCUCCUAAAAGACAGUGUGUACCAACUGAAGCUGAAGCAGGAGGAGAUCGCAGACCGCUCACGCCGUGACAUGAAAGCUGUCAAGACCCUGUUGCAGCAGCUGCUGAGACAAGAUGGCGGAGAUAUGGGAGGUUUAACGGAGUUGGAGUUUCGAGACAGCAGGAUGUCAGGGGAGUUUGGAGGAGAGCAGGCCCAGCCUGACACCAGUGUCCGCAAGAUGAAGAAGAGGAAGAAACCCUCCAAGGGCCCCUACCAGCAGGAGGGCCUCCUUCUACAGGAUGAGGCAGCUGCAGAUCCCAGGAGGCUGAUCAUGAGAGGACAAAGAGCAGAUAUCUCCACAGUUAGUUUCCCAGACUCGGAGACAGCAGAGCGUGAGACUGAUCUCACAGAAUGCUGAAGGGGAGACAACUCUGAACAAACACUGAACCAGCAAUUAACCAAUGCUGAACAAAUGGUGAACAAAUGGUGAAGAACUGAUAAUGUUUAUGAAUGAAUGGGAUAUGAUCAGGCAGUUUACAUACCUCAUAGUUUUGUUGGCUAAAAACAUUUUUGCAGACACUUUUGUUUUAUUUGUUUAAUAGAGUAAGAUUAUAAAUUAUUUUACUUUGUUCAGAUAACAGUUUUGUUAUAUAGCCAAAUUUUAUUUUACAUAUAUGUCAUAUUGUUCUGGUGGUUUUUGUUUUGCUGAACAAUGUAUUUUAGGUUCAAAAUGUAACAUCCCAUUGUUUGUGUUCAUCUGAAGGUAUGUUUAUGCACAGUGUGCAUAUAUAGUUUAUGAUUACACUAAACCACAAUAUUUAAACUUUUAUUUCUAUUUAACCUUUGUAUUUAUUUUCUUAUUUUUUUAGCAGGAAUUCUGUUUCCUUAAUAAAAUGCUUUCAUUGUUUUGCUAGCCAAAUGUCUCAACAUAUUGUUUACCUGGUCUUGUCUUCCAGUUUGUUUUGUUGGAACCACUAUCUCAUGGCAAGUUUAAAGUUAUAACUAAGUUAUUCGGCCAUGAUUGCAUAAUGCUAAAUUAUACCAAAAGAUUCAGUGUUAAAAAUCAUGCACAAAGAAAUUAUUCUGUACAUUUUUGUUUUCAUAUAUCAUGUUAUGAGAUGCAUCGUCUGCUAAAUUGUAAGCUUUGAGAAAAUAUGUAACCUUUUGUCCAGAUUUGGUAGAAGCUCAUAUGUCCCUUGAAGUGUUUUCUGGCUUACUCAAGACCAAAGAGAUUAGGAUCUAAGUGUAUGUGUCAAUGCUGAAGUGUUACUUGUUGAUUUGCUUCACAACUGAAGCUAAGUGGUCAAACCCUGACCUUACGGUAGUCUGAAUCUGUGAGAUGGGAUAAACUUGGAUAGAUGAGGUUCCCUGCGUUGAUUAUAGGAUGAUAGUGACCUAAAGAGACAAUGGGUCAUCUGACUUGAAGAAUAUUUUAACCUAAUUUGAAGUCAUCUGCACUGAAAGACUUUUUGGAACCAUUUGAAAUUGUUUGGCAUGACAUUAAUAUUCUGCUUAUCAUUCUUGUUUUGCACUCAUCCAACAUAAUUCAACAUGGAUGCUCACUGGUCGUGUGUCGAUAUGAGGCAGCAAUGAUUAGGUUGUUUAGGUUGCACAGUCCAAUAUGUCCCUGUCCACCAAUACUGUGAUGUGUAUGGCCUCUCCAAAAUGUAUUUCAAAAUGGUGGCUACCUCAGUGGAAUUCAUACCUCAGUCAUGUAUGAAGCUGAGUAAUAAUAUACAUGAAGGACGAGAGGGAAUAGGAUUAUUACGUUCAUAUAGAGCAAUACAUUUGCAGAUCUGUUACUGACAUGAAACGCCUUGUCUUAUUUUAAUCUUCCAAUAUAUAUGUAUGCUAAUGUAUGUGCCAUCCAAACAUAUCAGGUCUGGUUGCUAUGACAACAUAUAGUGCAAGUAUUACAUGUUAUUUAUGAAGUUGGUGCCUUGUCACCAGACAAACUGUGAUAUUGUUGUGAUAUUACCUUUUAUACAUGUAUAUUUGUACAGAGAUAGAUACCUUUGUAGAUAUGUAGUUUAUUGUAUAUAUGUAACUUAUGAUAUAUAUGUAGAUGACACUGGUAGUUACAUUCUCACCUCUUCCUGGUUAGAACACCAAUCAUGUAUCAUGUAACACUUGUAGUAUCUGUUCAAAUGCUUCAUACAAACUUUGCAAGAUGGAAAUAUUUAAACAAAACAUUGUCUCAGUUAAAUAAGUAUAGUUCUCUCUCAUUUUAACAAAUGAAAGGCUUUCAAAGCCGACAACAAAUUUUACAUAAUGAAAAUAAGUCAGUUUUAAGCCUGACAUUAUUACCGGUAGCUUGUGGAUAAACAUGCACACGGUUUUGUUGCACUGACAGUUACUGAAGAUCAGCUGUUCUUCAUAAGGCUGUUGUCAUCGGUUCCCAAUUGUGCAGAUCGAUGUUCAUGCUGUUGAUCACUGGAUUGUCUGGUCCAGACUUGAUUAUUUACAGACCCCAUCAUAUAGCUGGAAUAUUGCUGAGUGUGGUGUUAAACUAAACUCACUCACUCACUUAUAAGGCUGUAGCUGUGUGUUACAUUCAUCUUUACACAUUAAGCCAAUUUACAUGUUGAACAUUCCUUCUGCCUGCUGUUUUCACAAUAUCAGUUCAAAUUUGUUAUGAUUAUGGCUUUAAAUUUGUCUGGAAAUUGGAAUACGUUUGUUAUUUAUUUUCAUUAAUCUGUCCCUAAACAGAAUGCAAUUUGUGUAUGUUUCAGAAAGAUUGGUUUAAAAUAUCUGAAUAUAAAUAAUAAUUGUAAAUAGUUUCUUAAUGUCAUGUACAAAUUUUAAUUGUCAAAAGGCAGAAUGUUUUUGCAAUUGUGGAAGCAGCGGGUCCGCUAUUAAUUACAGGGUACAUGUCCCUCUUGGACAACACUGUCCAACAUUGUCCAAAGAAAUGACUCUCUUUUGUAGCAAAUACUAUAUAGAUGUAUUUUUAUAUAUCGAAUAAAUGAGAAAAUAUA